AUGGCCUCCCAUUACGUCUGUAUCUUGGGUGCUACCCUUUUUGGCUCUUUGGUGUCAGGCCUCUCCGUCAACUCUCCUGCAAGUGGUUCCCAGCUCGACGUUAGCCGAAAGACAACCGUGACCUGGUCCUCUAACAGCUCGGAUCUCGACAAGUUCGAUCUGUACCUGAUCAAUGAUGCCCACUUCCCAAGCGUCAGCCUCAAGAUUGCAGGCGAUACUGAUACCUCGGCUGGCUCGUACAGUUUCGAUGGGAUCGAUGUCAUCCCUGGCUCUGGUUACCGAUUUGACCUAAAGGACACGAAUGACGGCAAUAUCCUCGCCCAGUCUGAUCAGUUCGUCAUUGUCAGCAAGGGCUCGGACACGACUGUGGCCUCUGCUGGUGGUAGCAGUACCGCGAUCACGACCACGGCAACCACGGCAACCACGACAGCCACCGCAACCGAAACCAAACCCCUUACUUUGACGCCCCAGAAGCUAAUAACCCCAGCUACAACUAUCACCUCCACGAGCUCUGAUGAUGACGCCUCCACCGUCACUGAAACCGAGGUCGCCACGACAGAGACGACUACUCGCACCACUCUCAUCUCUAGCUCGACGUCGUCCUCUGAAUAUGUCUCUGUAUCGUCCACGCCCAGCAGUUCAAGUGCCGGCGACGCUGCCGCGUCUACGACCCCCAAUGCGGCUCCCCUCGUGACCUGCAGAAGGACAAGCUCGAGUAUCAUGGGAGCGGUCAUUGCUCUCGCCGUCUGGAUGUGCUAG